CUGCACUGUAAUCCCACCAUGGUGUCACGCUUUUUCCCUUUGGUGGCCAUCGCGGUCGAAGGGGUUCUGGAGCUUCGUGACGUCUGCCGUCAGAGGUCUCAUCGUCAGAGAUCAUCGCCGGCAUUGACAAUGUCUUCGAUGGUGUCGCAUUCAGAUAUAUAAGACUUCAACAUUCCGCCCUCCAAUCUGUUCUCUCCUCAUCAUCCAACACAGCAAACAAACAAACAAUCUUCUUCACCAACAACCUCCACCGCUCUCCUCAAACCAACCCAACCAAACCCAACCCAACCAUCAAGAUGAAGUUCUCCACCGUCGCCGUCCUCUCCGGCCUCACCGCCGCCGUCUCCGCCGACUUCGGCGUCAUCGUCACCCGCUCCGGCAGCCCCAUCCACCUCCAGGAGCUCAACGCCACCGGCAACGCCUUCUACAUCGGCAAGCCGACCACCACCUACUGCCCGGAGGGCGUCUCCGGCCUCAAGUGCCCCGUCGGCAAGGGCGAGACCCUCUUCGCCGGCGGCCACGAGACCCUCGGCCUGAGCACCCAGGUGCCCGGCGGCCAGCAGAUCUACGUCGCCAAGGACGGCGCCGUCGGCUACACCCAGGCCCACAGCGCCAGCAUCCCCGCCGGCGCCAGCCUCACCGGCUGGUCCAAGAUCGAGGGCAAGACCUUCGGCCAGCUCAGCUACAAGUACGGCCUGCUCUUCUGCCCCGUCGGCGGCGACAGCCACGCCUACAAGCUCUUCGCCCAGGUCCCAGGCGUCAGCUUCAUCGCCACUUGCCUCGGCGGCAACCUCCUCACCAUCAACGGCACCGCCCCCGGCGCCUGGCAAUACGCAUAAGCGCUCCAUCAUCGCGAUAACCACAGCUCGGGACUACCAAGACCUCCUCCGCCUCCCCCGACCGAUCCGGAGAAGCGAGCGAUUCCCAGAAAGCGAGCGCACAACUCCUCCUCGUCCCCUCAUCUCUUCUAAUGAUUAAUCUCUCUCUCGGAGGCUUUCGGCAUGAUGGAACAUCGGCAUCGUCGGUCCUUUUCAUUUCUCUCUCAAAAAGAAAUUGUUGCAUAGCAUAGCAUAGCGAAGAUGGCCCUUUUUUUGGCUCCACCACGGAGAAGAAAAAAGUCCAUUGUUCAAUGACAGAUUUGUUUCUUCCACAUACAUAACUACAAAAAAAUUCACGAUCUUCCGAAAUCAA